AUGUCCCUGCAGCGGCGGUUGUCUUCUGUCUUCUCCAACGCCGAUGCCAAGAACGCGUGGUGGAGUUGGCUCCGGCGAUCUCUGUACGCGCUCAUGCUUCUUUCCUUGCCAUACUUCGCCUACCUCGCAUUAUUCUCCCGGAACAGCAUCCACCAUAGCCUUCUGCAACGCCCAUUUUGCGAGCAUCCUCCUGCGCCCGCAGCAGCCGCCCGCUCACCGACCACUCUCGCCCACAUCGUCUUCGUCAUCGGCGCGUCCAAAACAACGUGGGCAAAGCGCGGGGUGUACACCAGCCUGUGGUGGCGGCCGGGGGCAAUGAGGGGCCACGUCUGGCUAGACGGGGAGCCCUCCGGCCCCUGGCACCAAUCAUGGCCACCCUACCGAGUGCUGCAGCCGAACGCGGCACGGUUCGGCAGGAAACACGCAGCCGCGGCGCGGAUGGCGCAGGCGGUGGCCGAGGCCUAUCACGCGACCGCCGCAGCGGCCGUGGGGCUGGAGGAGGGCGCUGACAGCGGUGAGGCGCGGUGGCUGGUCAUGGGCGAUGAUGACACGGUGUUCUUCCCGGAGAACCUGGCGGCCGUGCUCGACAGGUACGACCACCGGGAGAUGUACUACGUCGGGUCGAGCUCCGAGAGCGUGGGCCAGAACGUGGCGCACUCAUACGCCAUGGCCUUUGGCGGCGGCGGGUACGCCAUCAGCUUCCCGGCUGCCGCGGCGCUCGCCGGGAUCAUGGACGGGUGCCUUGACCGCUACAACGAGCUGUACGGCAGCGACCACCGCGUCCAGGCCUGCCUCUCCGAGCUCGGCGUGCCGCUGACCAGAGAGCCCGGCUUCCAUCAGCUGGACCUGAAAGGACACGUGUACGGCCUGCUCGCGGCGCACCCGGUGGCGCCGCUGGUGUCGCUGCACCACCUCGACCGGCUCAACCCGAUCUCGCCGAACUCGCUCAAGCGGCUGCACGCGGUCCGGUCCCUGGUCGGCGCGUCCCGCCGCGACCCGGCGCGCACGCUGCAGCAGUCCAUCUGUUACUACCGCCCGCGGUCGCGUCCGCGGGGCACCGUCACCCUGUCCGUGUCCGUCUCCUGGGGCUACAUGGUCCACCUCUACCCGUCCGCCGUCCCGCCGCACGAGCUGCAGACGCCGCUCCGGACGUUCCGCGCGUGGUCCGGGUCGCCGGCGGGGCCGUUCACGGUGAACACGCGCCCGGAGGCCGCGCCGAACGCUACCGCGCUGCCAUGCCACCGGCGGCCCGUCAUGUUCUACCUGGACCGCGUCACUACGGAGGAGUCGCUCGGUUCGGCUGGGCAGAAGCAGAACCGGACGCUGACGGAGUACGUGCCGGAGCUGGUGAGCAGCGACGCCUGCAACGGCACCGGCUUCGACGCGGUCGCCAAGGUGCAGACGAUCCGAGUGCUCGCACUCAAGAUGGAUCCUGCCGUCUGGAAGAGGGCUCCACGGAGGCAAUGCUGCAAAGUGGAGAGCUCGAAGGAAGAUGACUCUCUGGUUGUCGAGAUCUACGAAUGUAAGCCUAAUGAGGCAGCACUGAUGAGGUAG